AUGAACAACUACCCCACCGCCAUGUCUGAGCAGCAGAGCCUCGCACCAGAGACGGCCUUCACGGUCGCCUCCACAUUCCUUGCGUACUACUACAGCGAGUUCGUGAAACUGAACGAGCUGGCGCGCAUGUCAGACCUGUACGACGAGCGGUCCUACAUGACGCUAGUGGACUUCCGUGACGAGGUGCCGGUGGUGGCGCACGGCCGCAACGCUGUGGCGAACCUGCUGGCGAAGCUUGACAGCACGCUCGGGCAGCGCAAAGUCGAGAUCAUCACCGUGGACACCGUUGCCCUGCCGCACAACUGCGUUCAGGUCAUAUGUCAGGGUGUUAUGUACCUGCGUGAAUACCGUCGUGUGUUCCUGCACGUCUUCAUGCUGGAGCCAACGGCGUACCGCACCAAGACAUAUCACAUCGCCUCCGACUACCUACGCUUCGUGGACUCGGAGAAGGAGGUCAUUCCCGAAGGGGCUGUGGUGAUCGCGGCCGACCAGGUCGCCGCCUACCUCGAGGAGAGCCGCCGCCAUAUAGAGGAGGAGCAGCGCCGCCAGCUCCUGGAGUUCCAGCAGCGCAUCCGCCUGCAGCAACAACAGCUGAUGCAACAGCAACAGCAGAAGGCUGCCGCCACAAUGAGUAUUCCUGCGCCCACAUCUCGCCAAAAUCGCCCAGUUGAUUCGGCCUCGCGCGAUCAGCCCCACACCCAAGAGCAGCAGCAGCAGCAGCAGCAGCAGCAGCGCCCUGCUCGCCCCGCCCGCGGAGAGAACCAGCGUGAGUUGUACGGUGAGCGCAAGCCGCGCGAGAGCCGCGGCGAGCGCAAGCCUCGUGAGCCUCGUGAGCUUCGUGAGCCUCGCGGGGAGCGCAAGCCGCGCGAGGGGGAAGAGAAGAACGCUGCUGCGUCACCGUCUCGCUCGGUCGGUGAGGGGAAGAGGGGUGGUGAGCGCGGCAACCGGAAGCCCGCAGCUGCUCCAAGUGCUGCGAAAGGCACGCCUGCCGCUUCCCCGGCCCCCGCCGCGGAGCGGAAGCCGCGCCGCGAGUCGGGCCCGACGGCUGCCAUCAUCAUGCUUCGUGUGCCGAAGAAAAUCAAGCUGUCGGACAUCAAGGCGGAGCUGGUCUCGCAGGGCUUUUCUGAGCCGAAGGACCUUUUCUGGUGCGGCCGCGACAGUGCCCACGCGGUGAUGAAGUUCUCCGCGGUGGAGAAGGCGACAGAGCUCUUUGCAAAAAUGCUCUUCACAAUUCAAGGCGAGACGCUGAAGAUGGACUACUACCACGAGUAG